GUUAUGUAUUGAUUGUUAGCAAGAAGCAGUUCACAUCCAUGGAUAACAUGAAUCUUCUUCACGUUUGAAACAAUUCGGAGUUUCAUCAUACCUGAUGAAUAGAUUUUACAUCAGUUCAGAACAUUCCGGCUUCAACAUCUCAAUAUUGAAGGGAACGAUACCAGUAGAGCUGCUUACAACCACAAGAACCCUACUUCAUAAAAGAUUACAAGAAGAGAGAAGAAGAGAAUGUUGCAAGAAUAGCCAGGCUGAAAGCAACAUCAAGCAAAAAAGUAUACAGGGUGAAUGAAGGAGCAAGUACCAGUGGUAGCUGUCGUAGCACCAUCACUAAACCAUUGGCGACGAAUUCGGAUGUGUCCGCAUCUUUAUCAUCUCAGAGCAGAAAAGAAACUGGGCCAUCCAUUAAUGCGGACCCGCCUCGUAGCCUCAGUGUGCGACUCGAUAUUGAAAAGUAUUUCAGUGAUAAGGAGUGGGCACGCAAAACUCAGAUGGAGAGGGAUCAACUAAGAGCUGAACUGGAAAUGUAUUCGCUUAAUCGGACUUUUGGAAAAAAUCCAGAGCCACCUUCCUUUGUGCUGGCCUACAAAGAACAAAAAGUCAGGCAUUUACAGAAAAUUCGUGAGGAAAAACUGUCAAAUGUUGGCAAAGGGCUCAAAUUUAAAAAAGCAUCGAAACCGUCAAAUAAUGCUGAAGACAAUAAUCAACAAAUCAGCACUAGCAUAAUUGAGAACAACUCUCAAAAUAUUCAAGCUAAGAAAUCUGUAAAACCGGCUAAAAGUUCCAAUGAUAUUAAACAACGGAAAUCUAAAGAAGAAGCUCAAGUUCAUGGUCCUAUGACAGUAUCCCAGAUUGAUGAUGUUUUGAAAAUAAUAAGAGAUAGUACCGUAGAACCCUCUCUAAUGAAAAAAUUAAAGACGAAUGGAGAGAUUUUAAAAAUUUUCAAGUAUAAGUCUUUUGAAGGAUCAGUUUUAAGGAAAAAAUUUAAUCCAAAGACAAUUGGGAGACCAAUUCAAAUUAAUGGUGCAAAAUCUCCCAAAAUCGUGCAAAUUCUUCUGAAAAGAAUUAAAACUAAUAAAAAAUCUGGAUUAAGCAAAAGAUUGCAGAACAAGUCAAAUUCUGAUAUGCCUGUAAUUGAAGUUAAUGAAGACUGCUCGUUUUCUGAAACUCGUGCUGAACUGGAAAUAUCAAAUAAUGAACCAAAAACAUCGAAAAAUGAUCCAGCCUCACAGAGAGAAUUGGACAAUAUAUCUUAUUCUGAGACAUCUAGGAAAAACCUUGAAGUUAGUAACGACAGUUCGAUUUUCAAAAUUCCGUUGGUUCCGAAAAAACCUACGUCAAGCACAAGUAGGCAGGUCAAAGUAGCCGAAAAAGAUAAGCUAAUGCAACUUGCUGCUAAUGGAGCUGUAACAGUAAAUAAUAGAAAACUCCGAAAGAAACUCAUCAGGAAACAAAGUGCAAAACUUGAAGAGGAAAAAAGAAAGAAAUAUGAAGGAGAAAUCGUGAGAAGAACAAGUCGAGAAUAUAUAUGGAAUGAUUUUUUCAACGAAGUCAGCAGUUUGACUUUUGAAGAGACAGAUGACUUAUGCUUCACUGCCGUCGAACAAAAACUAUCCCUAACAAUUUAUCAUUCUUGGAAAAAUGAAGUUCUUGCCCCUAUGGCUAGUGAUCUAUUGGACGAAGAAAAAAGUAAAAUAGAGGCCGAGGAUGAAAAAAAGAAAAAGAGGAAAGAGAAGAAGAGUAACGUGAAAACCAGUGGAAAUGCACUGUCUGCAGAUGCAACUGGUAGUGACGUUUCUGGAUCUGCUGUGUCAGGAAGUACUUGCCAAGAACAGAAAAACGAUGAAAGCGUUGGCAAAAAACGCCGUUACCCCAAAAGAAGUGUGCCUGUCAAAAACUAUACCGAACCAGAAAAUAUAAGCAAAAUUUUGUUGUCCAUUAUAGUGGUUAUGUGCUCCAGCCGCGGCGGCUCUAACCACGCGUCUCGAAAGGCCGCUAAGGAAUUGCAUCUUUAG